AUGAGGAUUCUAGUGCUGGUUUACCGGACUGCUCGAAUGCUGUUGUUCCAAGAAAAACAUGAUGUGGAAGUCGGACGACUCUUCCCUGGUUGGGCCUUUGAGGAUUGCCUAAUUGGCUCAGCGAAAUGCUUCGAUUGUGGAAUACACGGGUAUGAUUCCUGUGAUUUUUUUCUCGUCAUCCCAGUUGAAGACUUCAUGGCGGAGGAUUACCCUCUUGAAAUGGUCGGGUGCAAUUGUUCGAUGAACUUGGAUACAGAUUUGUGGAUCCCGAAGCGACAGAUUUCGUAGGUUCUGGCCACUUGAUCCAGGAUAGAGGGAAAUGCGGAUAAUCUAUUUCUGGACUAUCUUGUCAUACGGAUCGGCUGACGAUUCAUAAGAAAAUUGCAGAAGCUUCAGAGUCCGUCGACCUUCAAAGCGAAAUGGAUAAAAUUAAAAUCAAAACUUGUCAAACCCGAAUGUGAAUGUGCGAAGUUGAUGAAUUUUCUAGGGGUUUCUUUCUGUGUUGAAAGAAGAAAGAUUGUAUGUGGAGUACUGAUCCGAAAUUGUGAUCCCAUAACUCCGCAUGGUGAAACAUUUGUCAAAGAAAUGUACAGUUCUCGUUUUACUCUA